UAGCUUUCAGGUUAUGCAUUCAUUUUUAAUAAGGAUAUUUGAAGAUAAAUUGAUUUAAUGGCAUACCUACUGUUUGGAUCGAUGUUCAGCUACCGAAUUGCGACGUUUUCAUUUGUACUGGGCCCAGGCCUGUAGGCAGGCCUGAACCGGGACUAACCAUGGCAGGAAGAGCAUUCAAGCCAGGAGACAAGGUGUUUGCCAAGAUGAAGGGAUGGCCUCAUUGGCCAGCAAGGAUUGACGAGAUUCCCGAAGGAGGAGUUAAGCCACCUCCGAACAAGUUCCCCAUUUUCUUCUAUGGAACUCACGAGACUGCCUUCAUGUUGCCUAAGGACCUAUACCCUUACGAGGAGUUCAAACACAAGUAUGGCCAGCUUCACAAGAAACACCGGGCCUUUAACAUCGGGCUGGAUGAAAUCAUCACCAAUCCCAACGUCAAUCUGUACGCACAGCAACCACCAUCUACAUCAGAAGAGGAAGUAGAAGAGGAGGCAGUAGAAGAGGUGGAGCCAGAAUCGUCAUCGGAGGAGGAGGAACCCCUUGCCAAGAAAGUCAAGCCUAAGGUUAAGACUGCUGCAGCGAAGAAACAAAAGUCAAGUGUUGAUACUGCAAAGAAAUCGUCCAAGAAGAAGAGAUCAGUGUCUUCGAGUGAGGAGGGAGAGACGGAUUACGAUGAGCCAUCAGAGGAAGAAGAGGAAGAAGAAAGUAGUGAUGAGUUUGUCCCAAAGAAGACAAGCAGUGCAAAGAGGAAAAAGCGCUUCUCUGACAAGGCUGAACCUAGGCACAGAAAGAAGUCCAAGGCAGGGAGUAGCUCAGACAGUGAGGAUGAAGAGGGAGACGAGGAGCAGGCAUCCAGCAGCGAUGAUGAGGAUGAGCCAGUGGUGAAAAAACCGAAGAAGGAGAAGGCCAAGAAAGAGUCCGCCAAGAAACCCAGGACUAAAGGAGAGAAAAAGCCAAGAGCCCCAAGUGCCAAGAAGAAACCUGCCAGUAAACCAGCCCCACAAAAAGAACUCAGCAUCAGCUUGAGCAGCUCAGACUCCUCCUCAGAUGACAGUGACUACGUCUCCAAGUGGCGCAAGCAGGAAGAGGCACGGCGGGCCAAGAUUGAGGAGGAGAAGAAGAAGAAGCAGGAAGAGCAGUACCGGCUGAUGCGGGAGAAGGAACGCCUCCAGGAGGAGAUGGAGCGGCUGGAGAAGGCCCAGAAGAAAAAGAAGAAGAAAAAACGCAGCUCAUCGGAAUCCAAGAGCAAGCAUGCCGAGAGUGACGAGGACGAAGCGCGACGAGUUUUGGACAGCGACGGCGACAGCGACCACCUUGUCAUCGAUGAAACCCCCCUGAAGAUCAAGCGAGAGGCCAAGAAGAAAGUCAAGAAGAACAGUGAGGCUGAAGUGAAAGUAGUAAAGGAAGAGCAGGAGGCACCCAGGUUGAUGGUGGACGAUGAAGAGGGAGAGGCGGUGGAUGAGACAGGGACACAAAGUGUUGAGGCUUCCAAGAUGGACACUUCUGAUCGCAAAGCAGAAAAGCUGAAGAAAAAAGAGGACAAGGACAAGAAAAGGCAAGAGAAAGAGCGGAAGAAGCAAGAGGAGAAAGAGCGCAAGAAAGAGGAGAAGCUAAAAAAGAAGUUGGAGGAGAAGAAGAAGGAGCUGGAGGCCAAGAAGAGGAGGGAGGAGGAGAGGCGUCGGCGGGAGGAGGAAGAGGCACGGCGGCAGGAGGAAGCAGCAAAGAAGCGGCUGGAGGAAGAGGCUAAGAGGCGACGCGAAGAGGAGCACAGAAGCCUGGAGGAGCAGAGAAGGAAGGAAGAGGACAUGAAACAGCAAGCCAGGGAUCAGGGCAGUGACAAAGAAAUAUCUAAACCAGACAAACUAGAGAAGAAAAAACCGGAAAAGAAGAAAGGUCUUAAUAAACUGGAAGAGACAGUUGAAAGAUUGCACCUUGAACUCAAAGUCUCUUUGAGCAUGGACCGGCCCGAUCCAGCCAAGAGCCUUGCUGUGAUGGCACAAAUUGAUGACCUCAGUGGAACUCUCACUCCAGGCGUCCUCAGGAAAAGCAAGGACUUUGUUCAGACAAUCAAAAAGGUCAGAAAAUACAAGCCAGAUGAGAAAGUCCGCAAGAAGGCCGACUAUCUCUACAACAAGCUGAAAUCCAUCUGCCUCAUGCAAGACACAUCAGGCGGCGCUGAGGAGAAGAAACAGAUGACAGAGCAAACCGAUAUAACAACAGUGCAGGAUGACAAUACAGGAGAUGAUGAGACCACUGUUGAGGCCGUCAGAAUACAAGAAAAUGGAACUGCGGAGGACAUCCCCAGUAAACCUGACAGUGAGGACCAAGUGACAGCUAGUGCUGAGGCUAAAGCAACGGCCAAUACUCCCACAGAAGAGGCAUUCAGUGCCACAGCAGAACCCCAAGAUGAAACUGAUGAAGCAAAAGACUCUGAGCAUCUCAGAGAGGAGGAACCAGAGGAGGAACCAAAAGAGGAAUCGCUUCCGACUGUUCCCGAGCUGGUUAGAACUGACGACGAGACUGACAAUCAGAGAACAGUGGGAGACGAUGUGAGACCCGAGGAGCCCGAGCACCUGGAGGAGGAUGCAGUUGCCGUGGGAGAUGAGAUGGAGGCUGAGGAGGAGGAAUAUGAAGUGGAAGAUCGGGAAGGCAGGAGAGACCUCUCAGAGCGGCUGGAGAAGAUCUUUGGCAGCCAGGGAGGGUUCCAGAUCCCCGGGCUGGUCAUGGAUGGGGGAGAUGACAAGCCCAGAGGGUCGCAGGAGGAGAAGAAAAGGGAGCAGAAACGAGACAGGCGGAGAUCGACGGGGAUGUCCGGGGACCAGUUUGGUGAGCAGCCCAUGGAUCUGGAUGAAGACGCAGAGGAAGGGAACAACUCCAAGGGUGAGAAUGCAGCGACAGACCAGGCUUUCAGUGACGACAACAUGGACCUCGAUUCAGAUGAGAACUAAAGAUUUGCUUUUGGCAGUCAGACGUGUAGCGCAAAAUACCAUGUUCGUGCCCUUCAAGUUUGCUGCUUGCCACUGGAGAAGAGACAAAAGUGGUAACAGGCAGGGAGGUGUGUUUACAGGGAAUUCUGUAUCAAAUCAGAUAUCGCCUUGACACGGAUCAUUUGAUUUACCAAAUAAUUAUCAAGCAGAGUGCCUUGAUGCAACAAAGCAAGCAGGAAUGGAAUCAAGAACAACCUGCCCUACCUGUCAAGGCCAUCAUAUUUUCCCUCCAUGUCUUAGUCCUCAAACUCAUGACAAAAGCAUGAGCAGUUGUCAGUUACAGCAGAAAGCUGUCCAAUUUGUACAGCAUGAGAAUUGUUCACCUUUUUAACUACAGAUUUUCGAUGUUUGAAUUUUUUUUAUGUUUGUAAAUGGCAUUUCUGUUCUUUCAUUUUUCAAAUUUGGGAUUUUGCUCGGGAAACGUCCUGGGGUAGUGGCCAAGUUCUUUGGCACAUUCCUCUUGGUGUUUUGAAAUGUCAUUGAAUUUUUUAUCCUCUUGAAAAGCUAGGCCCAAUAUUGACGUGAAGAGACCCAGUCUUUUCACAACACCCUAUUUCUUAGAUACAAGUUAGAUGCUUUGAUGCAUGGAAUUUAAGAAAGUGUAUAGGCAUUGAGGAUACAAAUAAAUGCCUGAGUUUGGCUAGUUGGAACGAGGUAAGAGGUUGUGACUCGAAUAGUGUUUGAAUUACAGUGGUACCAACCCCACAAUUCAGGCAUAGGGCAAUACCAAAGGUACUUUAUUGUUCAGAAAUUGAAUGCUUGUGGUCCAUGUCCAGAGUAACCAACCACCUGCAAUGGAUUUUUUUAUGAGUACAUGUAAUAUCGCUGUUCGCCUCUGUCAUUUUCAGCUUAGCUCCAGGUUAGCUAGAGAAAGGCAGCAUUAAAAAAAAAAUGGACUAGACUCUGGUCUUCAAUCUUCCAUCUGUUUGUGGGAAGUUGCUUGAGCCACCAGGCAUUGGUGUUCAAAGUGUUAUUUCCUGCCAGGGCCACGAUUCAGACAAAUCCUCAAAUGGCCCCUUGAACUGAUCUUUUCAAACUUUGUUAACCUGCACUUUCCAUGGAGCCAGUGGCAGCCCGGGGGCCACUUAGGAAAAUGAACACCUGAACAAAGCGUGAUGUCAUCAGUACAGAGGGCUAUUCAUGGAGCUGUCCAGCACAAGAGCUCAGUUCUAAGACGUAACGCUAAGCAAAAAAGCCAGUGACCAACUGCAUAUCAAGUGCUGCUUGUUGCUCAUCACCAGUUUUCAGCGUGCAUUUAUUGAACUUAUGCAUUCCUCAGGAGCUUCAUGAAGUUGGGACGUGGCCACGUUGAAUAAUUCAUGCUCACAGGCUCACUUGCUCAUUCUUGAAAAGAAACAGCAGAUGAAAUUCAUGGUUGAAGGGUGGAGUCAUGUUGUGAGGCAGUGAACUCUCCUUAACAUCUCUGCUAAACUGCAUCUGCAUACGUUCUGUCUAGUCCUAUCUGUCAGCAGCCAUGUUAAAUCUUGAAAUGAUGAAAGCCUCUGCACUAACAGUUUGCCCGACCAAACCAAAAGUACAGUACAGUUUAUACGAGGUGAAAAAACCAACUGUACUCGGUUUCCCACGUGUAAUGUGCCUAAUCCCGCUGACAUUGACCCUCAUUGGCUCCAAUAGAUGAGUGCAUACCAAAUCUUCUUUAUGGAUCCUGUAAUUUGAUUUAAGUGCACCGUACCUGUAAGGCUUCUUACUCAUGUUUCAUUUUUCUUGUUACAAAUAUUUGGGGACACAAUACUUGUGUACGUGUAAAUACUUAAUACAUUUUGCAUAUUUACCUGAAUUGGAUAUAAAUUAUUCAGAAUAACCCAUUGGAAGUUGAACUUUGGCAUGGAAUUUCGAAAGGCACAUUAAAUUUAAUUACAGAUGA